GAAAUCUAUCUCUAGCUACGUAAUUAAAUUAAAUUCGUAAGUAAAUGAAAUGGUUUUGCUGUGAGUUUUUGGUUAUCUGAGUUCUGAAUUCUGAAUCCUUUCCCCAAAUCACACUUGCGAGCCCACUCUAGUGCCCCAUUUCAUGUCAUGCUUGCUAGAUUCAGCUACACAGCUAAGCUAAGAUAUAUAGAUAUAGCUCAUCACACGCUUUCAAGUUUCCAAGGCACAUAGACACAGACACCCUCAGAACCUGACCAAAAUACUUACUACUAUAUCCUACUCACAUUUUACAUUCCCACCUCUUUCCUUUCCCCCUUACCAUUCUCGAGAUUCUCGCUUUUACUACAUUACUCUCUCCUUCAUUCUGGGUUUAAGGUAGGGUUUAUUUAACUAGGAAGAAAGUUUUUAAAGAGAGAGAUAGGCAAACCGAAAAGACGUGGUCUUUCUCAUUGAUAUAUACAUACACAGAUCCCUAUGGAAUGAAGAGGGUGCUCCCCAAUCUUCGCUUGCCGAGAAUUCAUUCUUUUUGCUUAGUUUAAAGAGACCAGUCUUGUUGUGUUCGGAGAGAGAGACAUAUUUGUGUGUUGAGCACAUAGAACGAUGAGUUUGGUUGGUAGAGGAGCAAGUAUAGCAUUGUAGUUGUAGCAAUAGCAACACAACACAACACAACAAAACAAAAACCAAGUCUUCAUCAUCUUCAUAUGCAGAGAUUAACAUGAUGAUUAGUUUAUUUGCCAAGCAAUGCCUUCCUUCGUGAGAUAUAAACUGCUAGCAAUUUCAAAUCUUUUCGAGUAACCAAAAAGAAAAAAACAAAAAGCAAGAAGAUGAAGCGCAUAAAUGAGAGUAACAAUACCGAUGAUGGAAACAAUCAUAACUGGUUGGGGUUCUCUCUCUCACCCCACAUGAAAAUGGAGGCUACUUCAGCACCCACUGUUCCGACAACCUUCUACAUGUCCCCUUCUCAAUCUCACUUGUCCAACUUCGGAAUGUGUUACGGUGUCGGAGAAAAUGGUAACUUCCAUUCUCCACUUACGGUUAUGCCUCUCAAGUCUGAUGGGUCACUUUGUAUCUUGGAAGCUCUCAAAAGAUCACAAACGCAAGUGAUGGUGCCAACUUCGUCUCCGAAAUUGGAGGACUUUCUAGGUGGUGCAACUAUGGGAACUCACGAAUAUGGAAGCCACGAGAGAGGUUUGAGCCUAGACAGCAUCUAUUAUAACUCCCAAAACGCAGAGGCUCAACCCAACAGAGACCUUCUUUCACAACCCUUCAGGCAACAAGGUCAUAUGAGUGUCCAAACACACCCUUAUUACUCAGGCCUUGCUUGCCAUGGUUUAUAUCAAGCACCGUUGGAGGAAGAAACAACAAAGGAAACGCACGUGUCGGAUUGCAGCUCCCUAAUGCCUCAAAUGACAGAAGGCUUGAAAAACUGGGUGGCUCCAACAAGGGAGUUUUCAACUCACCAGCAGGUUUUGGAGCAGCAAAUGAAUUGUGGCAUGGGGAAUGAGAGAAAUGGUGUGUCUUUAGGAUCUGUGGGGUGUGGAGAGUUACAGUCUCUAAGCUUAUCUAUGAGUCCUGGUUCUCAGUCUAGUUGUGUCACUGCUCCUUCUGGAACAGAUUCUGUUGCUGUGGAUGCAAAGAAGAGAGGGCAUGCUAAACUUGGUCAGAAGCAGCCUGUGCAUAGAAAAUCUAUCGACACAUUUGGGCAAAGAACCUCGCAGUAUAGAGGUGUCACAAGGCAUAGAUGGACUGGUAGGUAUGAAGCGCAUUUGUGGGAUAAUAGUUGCAAGAAGGAAGGGCAAACUAGGAAAGGACGACAAGUGUAUUUGGGGGGUUAUGAUAUGGAGGAGAAAGCUGCAAGAGCCUAUGAUCUCGCGGCCCUUAAGUACUGGGGACCUUCAACGCAUAUAAACUUUUCGAUAGAGAAUUACCAAGUUCAACUUGAGGAAAUGAAGAACAUGAGCAGACAGGAAUACGUUGCACACUUGAGAAGAAAAAGCAGCGGGUUUUCUAGAGGUGCUUCAAUAUACAGAGGGGUCACAAGGCAUCACCAACAUGGAAGAUGGCAAGCGAGGAUAGGCAGAGUUGCUGGGAACAAAGACCUUUACCUUGGGACGUUCAGCACCCAAGAGGAAGCAGCAGAAGCAUACGAUGUAGCGGCGAUCAAAUUUCGCGGCGCAAAUGCAGUCACAAACUUUGACAUUUCAAGAUACGAUGUGGAGAGAAUCAUGGCCAGUAGCAAUCUCCUCGCUGGGGAGCUUGCAAGGCGUAAGAAAGAUAACGAUCCUAGAAACAAGGACAUAGACUACAACAAGAGUGUAGUAACAAGUGUGAACAAUGAGGAAACGGUUCAAGUUCAAGCAGGAAACAACAAUAAUGAAAACGACUCAGAGUGGAAGAUGGUUUUAUUUAACCACCCUUCACAGCAGCAACAGGCAAAUGGCAAUGGCAGUGACCAAAAAAUAAUGAACUGUGGAAAUUACAGAAACAGUGCAUUUUCUAUGGCCCUACAAGAUCUUAUUGGGAUUGAUUCGGUGGGUUCUGGGCAGCAUAAUAUGCUGGACGAGUCUAGCAAAAUUGGGACUCAUUUUUCAAACACGUCAUCGCUGGUGACAAGUUUAAGCAGCUCAAGAGAGGCUAGUCCUGAGAAAAGGGGUCCCUCGCUUCUGUUCCCAAUGCCUCCAAUGGAAACAAAGAUUGUGAACCCCAUUGGUACCAGUGUUACCUCUUGGCUACCCUCACCAACGGUUCAAAUGAGGCCAUCUCCUGCUAUCUCUUUGUCUCACUUGCCAGUUUUUGCUUCUUGGACUGAUACUUAAAUGGAGAUAGGCACGGUCCAUUUUUCAUGUUAUGUUAUGUAACUAAAAUUUACUUUUUUGCUUCAUCUUUUAUUUCUAAUUUGAUUUCCUAAGUUUAAAAGGUUUUAUUUUGAUGUUA